UUAUGCAGAGAAUAAAAUGUAUAUCAGUUUCAAUUAAUAAGUAGAGUCAUAAGAUCAGAGAAUCACGAGACAUAACCACCUGCAUCACUCUUCUAUUUUUCUGCUUGGUCCAAGCAACAAGAAAGAAACCAUGCAUGUGGUACAAGUUUUCAGUAUAGCACCAACUUUGGAAUCAGAAGAAUUACCAACUCAAACAUCGCUUCCCCUCACCUUCUUUGACAUACUGUGGUUAAGGUCACCUCCUAUUCAACGCAUCCUCUUCUACCAAUUCUCUCACCCUACCCCACCCUUCUUCCAUACCCUUCUUCCCAAACUCAUACACUCUCUUUCUCUUACACUCGGCCACUUUUUUCCUCUUGCGGGCCACCUCACUUGGCCCCUUCACUCCCAUAACCCCAUCAUCAAUUACAAAACGGGUGACUCUGUUUCUCUCACAGCAGCUGAAUCUGAUGCAGAUUUCAACCAUCUAGCCGGCUCAAAUCUUUGGAAAACUGAAGAAAUGCACCAUCUUUUACCUCACUUGACCAUAUCACAUGAACAGGCUACGCUUUUAGCCUUGCAAAUCACUCUGUUUCCAAACUCUGGAUUUUCCAUUGGAAUAACCUCACACCGUGCUGUUCUUGAUGCCAAGACUUCAACAUCGUUUAUCAAGUCCUGGGCUUAUCUUUGUAGAGAAUCACGCGCACCCCCUUGUUUGCCACCUGAACUAUGUCCUUUCUAUGAAAGGAUACUAGUAAAAGACCCUGACCAAAUAGGGGGGAAGUUCCUCAAUGAUUGGUUAAUGCAGGGAGGAUCCAAUAAAAGAAGCCUCAUGGUUCGGGAUGUGCAAUCUCCGGAACAUGCAACUGGAGGCUUAUUUAAAUUGUCUGGUUCAGAUAUUGAAAGGCUGAAGCAUUUUGUUGUGUCUAAACAGAGACAGAACAACAUCAACAUUCAUUUGUCAACGUUUGUGUUGUCUCUUGCCUAUGCAUGGGUUUGCAGGGUGAGAGCCGAGGAAAUGAAAAACGAGAGAGUUAUGUUGAUUCUGACUGUGGAUUGCAGGGGUUGUUUGGAGCCACCUCUUCCUCCGACCUAUUUUGGUAACUGUGUUGGAUUAAGACUUGCAAUUGCUGAAAGAAGAGAAUUGUUGGGGGAGGAUGGACUAAUUGUGGCUGUGGAAGCACUGAGUGAAGCUUUGGAAAGUGUGAAGAAGGAGGGUGUUCUGAUUGGAGCUGAAAAUUGGUCAUCAUGGUUGCUUGAUUGUGUGGGAGGUGAAGCUGAUGUGAAGGCGAUUGGAGUUGCGGGCUCACCGAAUUUUGAGGCUUACAGCAGUGACUUUGGCUGGGGAGGACCAAAGAAGGUGGAGACAGUGUCUAUUGAAAGAACUGCAGUGUUUAGUCUUUCAGAUAGCAACAAUGGAGAAGGAAUUGAGAUAGGUUUUGUGUCCAAGAAAACAACAAUGGAGACCUUUGCUUCUCUUUUUGCUAAAGGACUUCAAUCUUGAGUUCCUCCCUUGUGGCUUUUCAAGAAUAAAAUUUAAUCUAUCGUU